AUGUUUCAAAGGAAACCAGGCUUGAGAAUCAACUUGAGCAGUAUCAGUGGUACUAAUACCAAUGCUGAUACAGGUAAUACUUAUGGCACCAAUAGCAACAAUGUUGCCUCAGUCGUACAGGUCAACAACAAUCCAAACUAUAUGAAUAUACAACCAGAACAUAACAAACCAUUCUCAUUAACAAACAGUGGAACGUUUAGAGAAGGUGACCUUGCGAUUAAUAAGAGAGGUCUGUUGAUUAAGGGUGAAUCACCAAAGAGUACAUAUAUGGAGAGGCGACCAAAUAGAUAUCCAGGUCUGUCUGGAGGUUCAAGAAAGACAACAUCAACAACAGAGGAUACAACAAUGGAUAUGGAUAUAGAUGAUAAUAAUAGUAACGACAACAACAACAAUUACAAUAGUAGUACAAGUAUGAGCACGAGCAACACGAGGAGUAACAACAACAGCAAUAGCAGUAGUACCAGCAGCAGCAGCAGUAGUAGCAGUAACACGAAUAACUACAACUACAACAGUAGUAGUAUGCAACCAAAUUAUGAUAUUCAAUCAUUCCAAUUGAAGGAUCUCAAGAUUAUAAAGGUAUUGGGCAGGGGACAGGGAGGCGUCGUCAAGCUUGCCUAUCACGAGCCUUCAAAGUCAUACGUGGCACUCAAGGUGAUGCCACUGGACAUCCAAGAGAACGUGCGCAAGCAGAUCAUCCUCGAGCUCAAGACACUGUACAAGACGCACUGUCCUCACAUUGUAUCAUUCUACGACGCCUUCUACAGCGAGGGCUCCAUUCAGAUUGCCCUGGAGUUUAUGGACGGUGGCUCGCUCACCGACCUGCUACAGCGCGUCAAGGUGAUCCCCGAGCCCGUGCUGGCCAAGCUGACGCUCAACGUGCUGCAGGGAUUGUUCUACCUGCACAAGGAGGUGCAUCUCAUUCAUCGCGACAUCAAGCCAUCAAACAUCCUGCUCAAUCGCAAGGGCGAGGCAAAGAUCUCGGACUUUGGCGUGAGCAGCCAGCGCCAGGACACGAUGUCCAAGGCCGUCACUUGGGUGGGCACCGUUGUGUACAUGUCGCCCGAGCGCAUCAGUGGCAAGUCCUACUCGUACGACUCGGACAUUUGGAGUCUGGGUCUGACCAUUCUCGAGUGUGCGCUGGGCCGCUACCCUUACAUUCGCGACGACAACAAUGGAACGAUGCUCACUGUCGAGAGUAUGGGACUCAACUUCUGGACUCUGCUGGACUUUAUCAUCAAAGAGCCCGUUCCAUUCCUUCCGCCAGACAGAUUCUCCGUUGAGUUUUGUUCAUUCAUAUCAGAUUGUUUACAAAAGGAGCCAGAGGAAAGGCCUUCCGCUGCGUCACUAUUGCGUCAUCCAUUUAUCAAGAAGUAUCAGAAUGAUGACAUUAACUUGAUGUCAUGGAUAUCAAGCAAUCUUCAAUCAUAA